GAAAUGGAGCUUCGUACAGUUGGGCUGGGAGUUGCAUUGCUGUUGAUCAGCAUGACCAGCCGUGCGCUCUCGACCUUUUUUACGAUGCUCGGCAGCGGCCUGAACAUCAGGGAGCGAUUCUUCGUCGCCAUCGCCUGGUUGCCUAAAGCCACUGUCCAGAUUGCUCUCGGCUCAACAGCGCUGGACUACGCCAUUCGAUAUGGGGCCGAUGUUGGUGAUGUCGCUCUCGCCAAGCAGGUGCAGACAUUCUCGUGGAUGAUGAUACUCUUCGCCGCACCCGUCGGGGCCAUCGCCACCUUAGCCUCUG